AUGCCGCUACCCGCUGUCCCCCUCUUGGCUUUCCAAGCAUCCCCCGUUCCGGGCGGCCAGCCGGGAUCGAUUUCUGCGCCGCAGGAGAGCGCGCCCGGGCCCAGGACCCGGAAGCCCCUUCCAGCUCAGCCCCGCGAGGGUCCUGGCGCCCAUUGUCGGCCUCGCUGGGGCGACCAGGUGGACGCCGACGGCCGUUCUGGCGCCCAUGGAAGCAGGCAGAGAAGAUGUCUAAUCUUUCUGGGAGGGGGGGCGGGUGUCCAAGGCCACCCCCACCCCCCACCCGCGAUCACACACACACUCAUACUCCAGGCCCGGGCGCAAGUCCUGGUCUCUGGCUGUUUGGGCGCUCGCCCCGCCGGGUCCGCGGGAGUUCUGGGUCCAGAGCUCGCCUUUCCUGGGAUCCUGGAAUCCUGGAGUCGCGGCGCUGAGCGCGCGCCCCGAACCCUUCUCUCCCCAGGGUCAGGCCGUUCUGGGUUCUCCGAGCCACCGGUCUCCCUCGGCGUCAAGCUCCCCCUGCUGCCUCGGGAAGCUCACCGCCGCGCAGAGGCCGCCCUCGGCCUCAGACUUCGGUCAGUCAACCGCGCGGCCCCCGCCGCCAUUUGCUCGAGGGUUGGUGACUCUGAGAUUUUUACACCCUCCUCCCAGCGUCAGCCUCAUGCCUGCGGGGCCUUUUCCCGGGUUGAACGCAAAGCAGGCCCGGCGACCUCCGGGACGCCGCGGGGAGCUCCUAGGCCUCCUCCUGGAGAGGACUUGGUAGAGGAAGACAGGCUUUGCGUCGCCAACCCGGAGGGGGCAGCCUCCCGCGCCUCCGAGCCGCCUGCCCGCACUGCACCCGGGACGACGCCGUCUUGCGCCCACUCUGGUCCGGAAGCUGAUGGCUGCUGCAGCUCCAGCCUUCAAGUCUGCAUUCAAGGCAAAAAGAAGAAAGGGCAAGAAGGGCCAGCACCAGCAGCAUCCAACGCCCUUUAUCAAGAAAGGAAAAGCCUUCCUAAGAGCCCCCAGCAGGUUUCAGCUUAUGCCCCAUUGGUCUGA